UCUUCUAUAUAAGUUUGUGCAAUGGCUUGUCCUGAAGACAACGAAAACAAAACCUAUCCUAUAGUUACUGAGAGAAAACAUAAUGGCUGAUCUCAAUGAAGUCAUUCCGACAAUAGACUUGAAAGGGGUUCCGGAUGAGAAGCUGAACCAGCAGAUACGUGAGGCGAGUGAGAGAUGGGGAUGUUUCAAGGUGAUGAACCAUGGAGUUUCUUCCUCUUUGCUGUCUGAGAUGAAGAAGACUGUUACAGAUCUCCAUGAACGUCCACACGAGGUGAAAAUACGAAACACUGAUGUGAUACUAGCAAGUGGUUACAAGCCUAGAAGUGACUUAAAUCCUCUUUAUGAAUCAUUCGGUCUUUUUGACGUCGCCUCUCCACAAGCGAUCAACACUUUUUGUGACAAACUUGAGGCCUCUGCUGAACAAAGGUUCGUUUGCUUU